UUGUGACCGGUUAUUUUUCUUCUGCCAUUUUUUAAUUGAAAUUAUUAACCAUUAUCAUUCGUGAUUGAAACACACUAUGUUAGGUUAGGUUUUAAAGGUUUUCUUUGAUGUAAAUGGCUGAAAAUCAAUCGAGAAUGAAAAGGAAGAAUGAAAAAUUGGAGAAUGUUUAGCGAUGAAUCCUUAUCGCCUAUUUUUACUCUUUAAAUUGUCUGUCUUUCACAUUCUAGAGUUUGCAAAUACUGUGUUGAUUGCAAGGUUCUGAUACCACUUACUCUGUUAAGAGAAAAAGUUAGAGAAUGCUUUCUUAUAUUUAGAACUUUUAUACAGAGUUGAUUAAAUAGACCAAGACAUUACAAACUAAGAUUGUGAUUGGGGAUUAGUCUUCAAAAGCUUUAAAAACGUUAAAAGUAAUUAAAGUUUUCAAAACCAUUAGUUUUACCAAUCAUACUUUGAUUUUCAUAAAAUCAGUGAAAGUCCCUACAAUCACUAAAAAUCUAGUUUCUUUUGUUUUGUUCAUGUUUCCCUACUUUAAAAAAAAAACAGAGGCUUAAAAAAAUAGACUUCCUUUAAAAAAGUUACAACCACAGAAGUAACAGCAAAAAUUCUAAACAAUCAACAAUCAGACAACAAUUCAGACUGCGCUUCCUACAAUAUAGGAAGACUUGUUCUAAACUAAAGAAUCGGUUUACUGAAAAUUUCUCGCUUCACUAUUAUUUACUUUGGUCGUAAUAUAAUAUACAUUGGAGAGUGCCCUUACGAUGCCCUUACGAUACAACCAAGGUCCAUUGACUCAACGGUCAGGCACGACGGCGGCGAAAUAGGAUCAAGAAACUAUGGCGUUAGAUCGGAAAAGUGGUUUCUGCGAGUCAAACUCUAUUUUCUACAGCAAACGCGACCCCAUGGUUCUCCCCCCGCCAAACCAACAUCUCGACGUCACAACUUUCAUCUCAUCGCAGCCUCACCGCGGUAAAACCGCCUUAGUUGACGCCGUCACCGGCCGUUGUCUCAGCUUCUCCGAGCUCUGGCUCGGCGUGAAGAGAGUCGCCGCUUGUCUUUACUCGUUAGGUGUUCGCAAGCGCGAUGUCGUCAUUAUACUCUCCCCAAACUCCAUACUCUACCCCGUCGUCUCCCUCGCCGUCAUGUCUCUCGGCGCCGUCAUCACCACGGCGAACCCCAUCAGCACUUCCGGCGAAAUCGCUAACCAGCUCCACGACUCGCUCCCAGUCCUCGCCUUCACCACCUGCCAACUCGUCUCCAAACUCGCCGCCGCCGCGUCGGCAUCGAAGCUCCCGGUGGUUCUCAUGGACGAGAACAAUGGAGUAGAAGCUCAAGCAGAGGGAGUGAAGAUAGUAGGGAGCUUGGAGUUGAUGAUGGAGAGUGAACCGAGCGAGUCACGAGCCAAGCAGCGAGUCAACCAGGACGACACGGCGGCGUUGCUAUACUCGUCAGGCACGACGGGGAAAAGCAAAGGAGUAAUGAUAACGCACCGCAACUUAAUCGCGCUGGUACAAACGUACCGGCUCCGGUUCGGUUUAGAGCAGCGAACCGUCUGCACUAUCCCAAUGUGCCACGUGUUCAGCUUCGGCGGUUUCGCGACGAGCUUGAUCGCGUUGGGUUGGACGACAAUGGUUCUUCCCAAGUUCGAGAUGUCUAAGCUUCUCUCCGCCGUGGAGACUCACCGUCCCACGCACCUUACUCUCGUCCCGCCGAUGGUUGUAGCCAUGGUUAACGGAGCAAAGGAGAUCAACUCCAAGUACGACGUGAGCUCGUUGCACACCGUCGUAGCUGGAGGAGCUCCUCUGAGCAGAGAGGUGAUCGAGAAGUUCGUUAAAAAUUACCCGAACGUUAAGGUUCUACAAGGCUAUGGCUUGACGGAGACGACGGCUAUAGUUGCUACUAUGUUUACUAAAGAGGAGACUGAGAGGUACGGCUCCUCUGGUUUGCUUUCUCCAAAUGUGGAGGCUAAGAUUGUGGAUCCGGAUACGGGUCGGUUAUUGGGCGUGGAUCAGACCGGCGAACUUUGGCUCAGGAGUCCCACUGUGAUGAAAGGUUAUUACAAGAACGAAGAAGCUACCGCAGAAACUAUAGAUUCAGAAGGGUGGUUGAAGACUGGUGACUUGUGUUACAUUGAUUGUGAAGGUUUUGUUUUUGUUGUUGAUAGAUUAAAGGAGCUGAUCAAAUGCAAUGGUUAUCAGGUUGCUCCAGCUGAACUAGAGGCAUUGUUGCUUGCUCAUCCAGAGAUUGAUGACGCAGCAGUAAUACCCAUCCCUGAUGAGAAAGCUGGACAGUAUCCAAUGGCGUAUAUCGUAAGGAAAGCUGGAAGUAACUUAUCCGAAAGUGAAAUCAUGGGCUUCGUUGCAAAACAGGUAUCGCGGUACAAGAAGAUACGCAAAGUCGUAUUUUUAGGUUCGAUCCCCAAAAAUCCAUCUGGCAAGAUUUUGAGAAGAGAACUUAAAAAGCUCACAACUUCAAAACUCUAGCAGGAAGCUGUGUCCACCAUCAUUAUCUCGUACUUCACCGUUAGUUAACUCGUUUAUUUGGCUAACCGAUUAUUGACUUCCUCUAUAGAAGUCUCUGAAUAAACUGAAUAUCUACUCUAUUAAUUUAGGGUCCUAUUUUUUAUCUACCAUUAACACAUCA